CUCUGCCUUCCGCAGCUCCACUUCCCUCCCUCACCUCAUCCUGUUGAAAUGGCGUCCGAGGCGGUCCUGCGCGAGUAUUUGCCGGAGCUAUGAAGAAGAAUCGGAGCAGAAAAUGGCUGAGAUCGACGACCAGAGGAAGCGCGACACUCGCACGAGCUCAAUCGGACGUUGCAUCGCUUCCUGCAUCUCCGUCUUCCUCACUCAGUUCACCCUCGCUCUGAUUCCUCGCUUCCUCUACACCUCUCCACUCCUCAUUCAGCUCGCCCUCUCAGCUCUGGUGCUCGUGGUGGUUCUGGGAUUGGGAGGGAGGUGCAGGCGAGUUCUAGGAGUCUCUGCAUCAGCCCCUGCCUUUGUUGUUCUAAGUAUUAUAUACAUAUGGGCUAUCUAUGUGACCGUCGUCAGAGAAGCGAUUCCACUGUUCAGGGAUAUUUUGUUCCAUGGAGAAGUUGCCAUGCUUAUAAUUGGCUUUUGCAGUGACCGGUUCCAUGCUGAUGAUCGCGCCUACAAUUACAGUAUUUUUAAGAGAGAUCCUGGUCGUGUAACACCUGGACCUUCCUUAUCAAGCGAACUUUGUGAAGGAUCCAUCUCUGAAGUCAGUGAGACUAUCUCUUUGAUGGGAAGAGUAAGAUAUUGUAGAAGUUGCGAGGCAUAUAUCAAAGGGUUUGACCACCAUUGCCCUGCGUUUGGAAAUUGUAUAGGUCAGAAUAACUAUCUCCUUUUCAUGGCUCUUUUGGCUGGAUUUCUUAUCACCGAGUCUUCUUUUGUGGCCUGCUCAUCUAAGUUUGCUUCUAAAUCUUCAAUUCUGUACCAAACUGGAUUGGAGAGUAGUAUUGCUGCAGACUUGGUCAUUGGUGGAUUGCUGUUUUCUCUGCUCCAAUUGCUAUGGCAGGGUAUAUUUUUCAUGUGGCACAUAUACUGCAUAUGUUUCAACAUUAGAACUGAUGAGUGGAUAAACUGGAAGAAGUAUCCAGAGUUUCAACACCAAGUUAAAUCUGAACAAGGGCAAAGUUCCACUAGUUUGACGUUCCGGAAUCCAUAUGAUAAGGGCAUCCUGGGGAACAUUAGAGAUUUCCUGUCAUAAAUGAACAGAUAACCUAUGCUUCUGCUAACGCUGGAAGCACAGCAACGUGAGUGACCUGAAUUUGUUGCUCUUACUGCAAUUCUGAUACAUAAGGAGCUGUGCCUGCUUAUAACGGAUGCUAUCACUGACCUUUUGGGAUUGUAUGGUGAAAGGAUCACGGUUCACCUUCUGAUCUCUCAGAUCAUGUAGUAUAGGGGUGAAGUAAAUUUGCGCUCUUCUGGAGUUUUGGUGGUAGCUUAUCUAUUUAGAAGUGCUGAAGCAAGAAGGAAGAGCUGAUGCGGAGAUUUUUUGCUCUCUUGAUUAAGGUCGGACCCAUUUAAAUACGACCUUUAGAAUUGUAAGCUGAAGACAAGAAAAGAUUCUUCCAACAAUACUCUAAAAAUAUAGAACCUCCUUUU